AAAACGCCUCAGGUUGGCAACAGAUGUGCAUACACUCUCUCGCUCACACACACACACACACACAAACACACACAGACUCUUUCUCUCCGCCUCGAACGCCUCACACUCGUGCUCUGAGGUUCGGUUCCUCUCUGUGCCACAGCGGGAUAUUUUAUAGUGUCAAUGUUUUUUUUUUUAAUAGUGUCUGAUUGUGGGAUAGUUUCGGAUAGGUCGGUUUGGUGCUGAAACUCGUCACAGCAGGUACAAUGCAGCUGCAUGUGAGUUGGCUGUUGUUGCUGCUCGGGCUGCACUUUGUUUGGUCUCAACAAGAAGAUUAUGAGGAAGACUACGAGGAAGAAGAAACAGAAGAGAGAAACAUCAGGAGAAAAGUCAAAAGCAAACUGCUCACAUCUAACUUCACACCAAAGAACAACGCUCAGUUGCUCAUGAACGAGGACUGCAGUAUUGAGUUGGCAUUUCUUCUGGACAGCUCUGAAAGUGCCAAAGACAACCAUGGCCAGGAGAAGCACUUUGUCACCGAAGUGGUUGAGCGCAUGCAGGACACGCACCUCCAGAACGGCCGCAGCCUGAGUUUUAGAUCUGCGCUGCUUCAGUACAGCAGCCAUGUGAUACCUGAGCAGACCUUCAGCCAGUGGAGGGGCGUGGCCAACUUCAAAGCCAACAUUGCACCUAUUUCCUACAUUGGACAAGGCACAUACGUGACGUACGCCAUCACAAACCUCACGCGCCUCUACCUAAAUGAAUCAGGAACUGGAAGUGUCAAAGUGGCUUUGCUGCUCUACGAUGGAGAGUCACAUCCAAAAAAUCCAGAUUUGUUUUCUGCCGUAGCUGACGCCAAGAACCAAGGGGUUCGUUUCUUUGCCAUCGGAGUCACACCUGCUGCCAGAGAAAUAUCUAAAAUGGCUAAGCUCAGGAUGCUGGCUAGUUCUCCAUCAACACGAUACUUACACAACCUGCAGGAUAAAGACAUUGUCAAGAAGAUCAUAAAAGAACUGACGGCGCUGGCAGAUGAGGCGUGUCCAUUGGAGAAGAGAUGUGUGUGUGAGAAAGGAGAGAGAGGACCAAGUGGGCCGGCUGGGAAAAGAGGACGGCCAGGAGAUGAUGGAAGUCCAGGGCCAAAAGGGCACAAGGGUGACAGCGGAUAUCAAGGGCUCCCAGGGCAUCCUGGCUCUGAGGGCAAACCGGGAAGUAAAGGAGACAAGGGAGACAGAGGUGAAUGCGGUGUGCCUGGUGUUAAAGGAGACAGAGGUCCCGAGGGUCCGGUGGGCAUCAGUGGAAACAGAGGAGUGCAGGGUUUGCCUGGACCUAACGGUGACCCUGGACCCCAAGGACCACCCGGACACAAAGGGGAGAGGGGCUUUCCUGGACCACCCGGUCUUAUGGGUGAAACUGGAAUAGGUAUUGCUGGACCAAAGGGUGAGAUGGGACUUCAGGGCAGAGCUGGACCUCCCGGACCACAAGGACUUGGAGAACCUGGCCUACCAGGGCCUCAGGGGCCACAAGGAGUGCAGGGAGAUAAAGGACCUCCAGGAGAGGGAUUUCCUGGGCCUAAGGGAGAGAGAGGAACAGAGGGUCCGAGGGGACCGAGAGGACAAGCUGGACCUGGAAUUAAAGGAAACAAGGGCGAUUACGGAUCUCCUGGGUUACCUGGACCGACCGGGCUUCCUGGAUUAGGUGUACAAGGAGAAAAGGGAGCUGAGGGACCACGUGGACCCCCAGGAUUCAGAGGCCCACCAGGAGAAGGUCUUCCAGGACAAAAGGGUGAUCAGGGAUUACCAGGAGAAGUCGGAGUACCAGGACUGAGCGGAGUGGGAGAACCAGGACCAAAGGGUGAACCGGGAGCUCCGGGGCUGUCAGGGUUACCUGGGUUACCUGGAGAGGACGGCGCUCCUGGACAAAAGGGGGAGCCUGGUGUUCCAGGUUCGAGAGGGCAAGAGGGAGCAGCAGGUGUAGGGACACAAGGAGAAAAGGGAGAUCAGGGCCAAAGAGGAGUCCGUGGAUUAGGAGGACCUCCAGGAAUCACUGGACCAUCAGGACCAAAGGGUGAACCUGGAGCACCAGGACGUCUCGGCUUACCAGGACCUUCGGGACGUACGGUAACUGGAGCAAAGGGUGACGCAGGUCCACCAGGUCCUCCAGGGCCACUUGGGGAAACAGGAUAUGGACUUCCUGGACCAAAGGGCGAUCGUGGAGAAGCAGGCCUUCCUGGUCCAUUUGGGCCAAAAGGAGAUGGCUACCCUGGUCAACCGGGUCCUCCUGGGAUUCCCGGGGUUCCUGGAGAGCCUGGUCCAGAGGGCUUGGGUCUGCCAGGACCAAAGGGUGAUAUUGGGUUUAGAGGUUUGCCAGGGCCACCAGGACCACCAGGAGAGGGACUGCAAGGACCACCAGGUAACACAGGAAGACCGGGACCACUUGGUCCACCAGGACCUCCAGGGCUGGGGAUACAAGGGCCGAAGGGUGAGUUAGGAGCUCAGGGUUUGGUCGGACCAAGAGGACCACCUGGAGAGGGUCUUCCAGGGUCAAAGGGUGAUCGUGGUGCUCAAGGGGAUCGAGGCCAAAAAGGGGUCAAAGGUGACAAUGGGGAUCCUGGACCAUCAGGCCAACCUGGUCGACACGGAGUGAAAGGAGAGUCAGGUCUGACGAGAGAAGACGUUAUCAGAAUGAUACGAGAAAUAUGCGGAUGUGGGAUUAAAUGCAAGGAGCGUCCAAUGGAGCUGGUGUUUGUGAUUGACAGCUCAGAGAGUGUUGGCCCUGAGAACUUUGAGAUCGUUAAGGACUUUGUGACUGCUCUGGUAGAGCGAGUGGGUAACGGUGCCACACGAGUUGGCCUUGUGCUCUACAGCCUAGAGGUUCGACUGGAGUUUGAUCUCGCAAGAUACGCCACGAAGCAUGACAUCAAACAUGCCAUACGUACGAUGACAUACAUGGGCGAGGGUACAUACACAGGCACAGCUAUCCGCAAAGCCACCCGUGAAGCCUUCCGCAACGCUCGUUCCGGGGUCGCCAAGGUGAUUGUUGUCAUCACAGAUGGACAGUCAGAUGAGCGUGAAUCUGUUAAGCUGGAAAUCGCAGUGCGGGAGGCACACGCUGCCAACAUUGAGAUGUUCGCUCUGGGCAUAGUGAAUGCCAGUGAUCCAGCACAAGCUGAGUUUCUCAGGGAGCUUGAUCUCAUCGCCUCAGACCCUGAUAGUGAACAUGUCUUUCAGAUAGAUGACUUUAAUACCCUACCAGCUCUGGAAUCCAAACUGGUCAGUCAAUUCUGUGAGGCUGAGAACGGCGACAUCUUCAACCGCAUUAACGGCAAUGGAUACAAUAACUAUCACAACCGCAACAAUGGCGUCCUGUAUGAGUUUGAUAACAAUGGAAACCGCAUCAACAAUGGUGGAUAUGUUAACGGAAACAAUGUAGACCCAACACACGUCAGGACACACUCUGGAACACACACUGGUACUCACAGUGGGACACACACUGGUACUCAUAGUGGGACACACACUGGUACUCACAGUGGGACACACACUGGAACUCACAGUGGGACACACACUGGAACUCACAGUGGGACACACACUGGAACUCACAGUGGGACACACACUGGAACUCACAGUGGGACACACACUGGAACUCACAGUGGGACACACACUGGUACUCAUAGUGGGACACACACCAGAACUGAAAGUUGGGGACACAACGGUACCCACAAUGAGACCCACACUGGAACUCACAGUGGGACACACACUGUCUCAGUCAGUCAUGGAGGUGGAAGAGGCGAUAGUCUCCCAGUACCUGUCACUCCAGGGGUUCCACACACUGUAGAUAUACAUACAGAUGGCAACUCAGAGCACAGCAACAGGGGAGAUGUUCCAUCCCACAACAGACCAUCUACACAUGGCAGACCUUCAUCAUCAACUUCGGUGCAUUACAUUCCUGCCCCACGACCUCCAUUACCUAAAGAAAUCGUGCCCCUGGAUCCACUCUGUGAACUGGUCCUGGAUCAGGGUUCGUGUCGUGACUAUAGCAUACGCUGGUACUACGACCGCACCGCUAACGCGUGUGCUCAGUUCUGGUAUGGAGGUUGUCACGGCAACCGCAACCGCUUUGAUACUGAGGACGAGUGUAAGAAGACCUGUGUGGUGCCAAGAAUAGGAGGAUGAAGAACAUCGAGGAUCCUGAAGAUAUGACUGUUAUAAGAUUUGUAAUACCUCAUCAGUCAAUCUCGCUGAGAGAUGUGCAUGUAAAUGGUUUCACUGUGUUCCUCAGCUCCUCGACAAUGAUGUGUUGUGUAAAUAAUUUAUAUCCUUAAGUACUGGACUUACAGGAAUAAACAGCAGCACCUGAACACAGAUAUCAGGUACAAAGCGGAACAUCUCAGUAAACCAUCAAUCCAAUCAAAACAUUGUUUGACCUGUCUCAAUUCUGAUUGGUCAGAAACUGUUGAUUCAUUUUGUCUAACAGCAGCCAGGUCAGUGGUGCAGCUACGAAUCACAGGUUCUUAUUAAUGCACUUGUUCUGAUACAUUUUUAUUUUAUUUCUACAUUAGCAACUUGUAACAAAAGGACUUCAAAUAUGUUUAAGUAAAAAAAAAAUAUUAAAAAGAUAAAAUUGUUGAGAGUUGAUAUAGUUUAGGAGACGUAUAGUAUAUUAUACGUAUAUUAGUAUAGUAUAGGAGACGUUUAUUUAUCAUUUAAGGAAACAGUCUGCAGUGUCAGUGCUUUGUAUCAGAGGUCAGAGGUAAAGCUGUAAAUAUAGGUUUUUCCGUAAUGUAAGUUUUUAUGUAGAAAUAUAGUAUAUAUAUUCUGCCGCUGUGGCAUUUAUAGAUACUCUAACAUCUCUGAAACAAAGCUGAAAUGUCGAAAUGCUAUAGUGACAGAAAUGAUAUAAUUUGUCUCUAUGACUUUUCUGCUCUGUGUCGGAGAUGUCUACAUUUACAAUUACUUUAAAUUUAUUACGUUUAUAACAUACAGAUAUUAGAACAUCUCUAAUAUGAUCGGUCACGAACGGAAUCCCUCCAUGACAUGGUCUCAAAUAUCUUAACAAAGUAAAGUCUUAUUUUACUAGAUUUUAAAAACGCUCCUUUUUUUUUUUUUUUUUGGACAACCAAUCACUAGUAACAGGUUAAGCUCCGCCUCCUCUCUAAGAUAAAAGUUAAUGUAUUUUCCUUGCUCAGAGAUGCUCUAAGUUUAGUCCUGAAUCAAAUUUGCAUAAUUAUCCAUCUUCCAGUCAGUAUAGAUACUGAUUUCCACCUAGUGAUGUACAGUACUUAGAUGAAAUUGGCUUAGUGUGUGAUAACUGACUUUUAUAGUAUAGUUUAUAGUUUUAUAAGUUCUUCGGUUUAAUGCAUUAUGGCCCGUGUGUUACGAUCAUCGGAAACCUUAGACGUCUCAUGCUAGAAAAAAAAACAUCCCACGAUGAGGGACGAGCUGAAAGCUGUUAAAAUGUUCCAGUUCACUCUGAAAAGAGGCCUGUUGCUGAUACCUCUGAGCUGAAUUCAGGAAAGAGACAGACAAAGAACUCCGGUUUCCUCCCCCGGUCCAAAGACAUGCAUGGUAGGUUGAUUGGCAUCUCUGGAAAAUUGUCUGUAGUGUGUGAGUGAAUGAGAGUGUGUGUGUGCCC